CGAACUCUUCACCAACCGCCACCAUGCGUCUCUCGUCGCUCAUUCCGGCGACGCUGCUCGCCUUCUCUUCACUCGUUAUUGCGGCAGAUGCGGAGUCCGAUGUCAUCAGCCUCACGUCCGACAACUUUGAGAAGUCGGUCAAGAAGGAGGACUUGAUGCUCGUCGAGUUCUUCGCUCCUUGGUGUGGCCACUGCAAGGCUCUCGCUCCCCACUACGAAGAGGCCGCCACCACCUUGAAGGAGAAGAACAUCAAGCUCGCGAAGGUCGACUGCGUUGACCAGGCCGACCUUUGUCAAUCCCACGGUGUUCAGGGCUACCCGACCCUGAAGGUGUUCCGCAAUGGCACACCCACUGACUACAACGGCCCUCGCAAGGCUGACGGUAUUGUCAGCUACAUGGUCAAGCAGUCCCUCCCCGCAGUUAACGACGUUGGCGCCAACCACGACGAGUUCGUCAAGUCCGACAAGCUCGUCGUCGUUGCCUACGCCAAGAAGGAUGAGCCCGUCACGAAGGAGUUCGCCGAGGUCGCCCAGAAGAACCGCGACGACUACCUCUUCGGUCACGUCACCGACGCCGACGUUACUGCCGCCGCCGGUGUCACCCCGCCCCAGAUUGUUGUUUACCGCACCUUCGACGACGAGCGCACUGAGUACCCGCUGCCCGCCAAGGGCGCGAAGGCUCGCGAGCUCGAGGAGUGGAUCCAGGAGCUCUCUAUCCCCGUCAUUGACGAGGUCAACGGCGAGAACUACGGCCUCUACGCCAGCAGCGAGAAGCCGCUCGCGUACCUCUUCAUCGACCGCACCCAGGAGAACUUCCAGGAGCAGAUUGAUGCGAUCCGCCCCAUUGCAAAGGAGUUCAAGGGGAAGAUGAACUUCGUCUGGAUCGACGCCGUCAAGUUCGCAGACCACGGCAAGGCGCUGAACCUCCACGAGGCGAAGUGGCCCGCGUUCGUCAUCCAGGACGUGAAGAAGCAGCUCAAGUACCCGAUGUCGCAGGGCGAGCAGGUCACGCCGACCAACGUCCAGGACUGGGUCGAGCGCUACCUCAAGAAGGAGCUCAAGCCCGAGUUGAAGAGCGAGCCGAUCCCUGAGUCUCAGGACGAGCCCGUCUUCGUGCUCGUUGGCAAGCAGUUCGAUGAGGUUGUCUUCGACGACUCCAAGGAUGUCUUCCUCGAGCUCUACGCUAGCUGGUGCGGCCACUGCAAGCGCUUGAAGCCGACCUGGGACCAGCUCGGCGAGCACUUUGCCCCGAUCAAGGACCGCGUGACGAUUGCCAAGAUGGAGGCCCAGCAGAAUGACCUGCCCCCGAGCGCGCCGUUCCGCGUCGCCGGCUUCCCCACCCUCAAGUUCAAGCCCGCCGGCUCGAAGGAGUUCAUCGACUACGAGGGCGACCGCUCCCUCGAGAGCCUCGUCUCCUUCGUCGAGGAGAACGCGAAGAAUGACCUCACCUUCCCGCCACCGACGGAGAAGGUCGAGACCGAGGGCGACGGCAAGCAGGCGCCGAUCUCGAGCGAGAACGCGACUGAGGGUGGCAAGCACGAUGAACUUUAGGAUUGCUGACGCUGAGAUGAGCUGUACGCAUAGAAAAGUAUCCUCUGGAUUGGUAUAUGCGUUGUAAUACACAUGCGGAAAACUACUACAUGGGGGACUAGGAUAACGAACGAAAGCCUCGAAAGCAAGGAGCAAAAGUAGGGAUGGCAAAAUCACUACGGCUUAUUCUGCUGCUGAGCUGCUGCUUGCUGCUCUUUCCGUGCGCGGUAGUAGUCCGAGAAGGACAGGCGAACACCCAAGAAACGGCAGUCGAGGUCGGG